CCCAUUUGGGACCUCUGCUCUCAUGUAGUUAAGUGAUAGGAAGUAUCACUAUUUAUACCAUAUUUGUUCUCAUUUUUAAGAUAUUUUAAGGAAAGGAUGAAACAAAUUUUCUGAAGAAAGCAAAAGACCUCUUCUCAAUAUGGCAUUGGAGAUCACUUAUGCUGACGUGAGGUUCAAAAAUGAAUCCGACACCUCAGGUGCCAACUCAGAGCGUCCUGCAGCUCCCAAAGAGAAGACCAGCCCUCAGCAAAGUAAUGAUGGUUUUCCCAAAAAGCUUCCUGCCUCAUUGUUGAUACUUCUGCUGCUAUUGGCAAUCUCAUCCUUUAUUGCUUUUAUCAUUUUCCUCCAAGAAUAUUCUCGGCUUCUUAAGGAAAAAAAGAAUUCAAAAGAAGUGUUUCAUGAAAAAUGGAUAUGUGAGAAAACAAAUUUGAAUGUGGAAGCUACUACUUCCAGCACAAUGUUAAAUUGGAGUGAUGAUAAAAGACACCCUUGCCUUGUUUCCAUUCUCAGGGGGAUUGCUUUUAGUCUCUGUGUUGAGAAUGAUUAUUUAGUGAAAGGAAUAGGGAAAAGUAUGUCUACCCUAUCUUCCCAGAAGCAGACAUCUCCUUUGGUGCUUUAUUUUAAUACCAUGAACACUUUCAAAAUUACUUUCCUAACUUUGCACUUAUAUUUCCCUCUUCCCAAUACAGGGAAAGUUUGUGGCUGCUGCCCGGUGAAUUGGAUCAUAUCUAAUACCAGCUGCUACUUUAUUUCUUCUGAAGCAAAAACUUGGACUGAGAGUGAGAAGAACUGCAGUGGGAUGGGAGCUCAUCUGGUGGUGAUCAACACCAAGGAGGAGCAGCUAUUAAUAACCCAGAAACUUAAGAAGUCUUCUUAUUACCUGGGGCUGUCAGACCCAGAAGCAACGCACCAGUGGCAAUGGGUAGAUCAGUCACCAUACAGCACAAGUGUUACAUUCUGGCAUCAUGGUGAACCCGAUAAUCAUACAGGGCCUUGUGUUUUAAUAAAUAUUCGUGAUGGAAGCUGGGGCUGGGAUGAUGCCUCUUGUGAUGUACCUCAAAAGUCAAUAUGCGAGUUGAUGAAGAUCUACUUAUGAAUGCAGUAUUCUCCAUGGACAUGUGGUUGGAUUGACAUCCACCAUGAAAGGAAUAUCUAAUUUUCUCUUGUUGUUCAUGUGUGUGUAAAUCUUGUGCAAAGGAUGUCCAUAGAAUUUUUCAGUAGGCUGCCCUCUAUUCCACUUAUGAUAGAAUCAGUUCACACAUUCAUUCAUCCAUAAAAUAUACAUUUAUUGAGCACUUUCCAUGUUCCAGGGACUAUACGAGAGAGCCCUUUUGUGCAAACAUGGAGGAAGCCUGAGGUUCCUUUCCUAAUUUCUGUCUGACUGCUAAGGGAUAAGUUACUGAUAUAGUAAGAUACUGGUAUAAUUUGAUGUGGUUCCUCCUCCUGACUGACACUCUCUUUUUUAUGAACUGGUCAAAAGCGAAAAAUCCCAACCAUUACUUUUAAUUUCUCUCAGACAGGUUUAUUGCUUUUAACUAAAAGCAUAUUAUGUAACAGUAGGCAUACAAUACACAUCAAUUUAAGGUACAGCUUUGAUCCAGUAGACUCUUUGUGCUGCUUAACAUUCUCUACUGACUCUUGGCAUUUAACCUCAGGUGCAGAAAAAAGGGAACUAGAGACUGAACACUAGAGAUUUAGAAUUAGAGAACUAGAGGUCACUGCUGAUGAGCUGAUCUACAGAAUUACAUUCUUCCGAUAAUCUGAUAAUUCUUUGCUUUGCUUUAGUGUUAUAGUUUCUGUGCAUGGAUUCCAGCUCAAAAUGGCCCUUGGUUUUUGUUCCCCUUCUUCCUAAAGUUCUUACUCAUCAUUUUCUUUCUACUGCAAUAUCAAACAUAGGUACAGUAAAGCCUGUAAUUCACUGUCUUAGUCCAGUGAUUAUAACUGAUUAUGGUAAAGCUGCUCUCAUCCAUGGCUAUACUUGUACACCCAUAUACGGUUCCUAAUGUGACCUUCUGAUAUUAUGCCCUGAUCAUCUUGAUGCAACUGAGUCUUUCAUUUGUCACUUUCCCUCUAAGUAUACUUGAAGAUGAGUUAUUUUUAUAGAGGUCUUACCUUAUCCAUUAUAUGUAGCAUUUAUCAGUUCAACUCUCAGAGAGCAACUUACUCAACCAUUCUGGGAAAAUUUCACUUUAGUUUUAAUUAAAUUUUCUUGAUUGUAUUUCAGUAAUAUGGGAAUGGAUGUGAACGACGGGCAAAAAGCACCACUUUCCUAAGUGCCUUUGAUUGGCAGUACAGAAGAUGUGCUUGAACUGGAGUGCAAUGGAGAACGAUGAUACCAAUCAGUGCUGGAGCUCUUCACUUCCUCUUACCUUGCGUUUUAUGAAUGCAGUUCAAAGGCUUUUUCUUUAAUUUCCCCUUGAGCACCGUUAAGUCAAAGUUGUUUGUAAUAAUUUUUAUGUAAGUUUUGUGUUUAAAGAAUGAAAUUAAAGUGAAGAGCCAUCAAACUGAGCAUUAAUCAAUGGACAGACUUGUGAGAAAUUAAAGAAAAAAAAUUUUUUAAGCCACUAAGCUUUGGGUAUGUAUGUAUUGUUUUUGAAAGGAGCCUUGGUGACACAAUGGUUAAGAUCUUGGUUGUUAACUAGAAGAUGGGCAGUUCUACCCUGCCCUAUAGGGUUGCUGUGAGUUGAAAUUGACUCGACAUCACAGAACAACAUUGAGUUUUAGGGUUGCUGUAACAAAGUACCAAAAGCUGGGAGGUUUAAAACAACAGAAAUUUAUUCUCUCACAAUCCUGGAGGCUAGAGCCUGAAAUCAAGACACUGUUAGGGCCAUCCUCUCUCUGAAGGUCUCAGGGAUGGGACAAAUUCUUCCUUGCC